AAAAAAUGCAAAUAGCGGUGUACUGUCCUUGAGCGACGUGCGCUGGUGCCGGUUAUUGUGUUUGUGAACAAAAGAUCAAUAGUGAGUGAGAAAUAAUUUUCAUAUUCAGUACUCAAACCCUUCUGCAAGAGGACAAAGAAACACAUAAAUACUUUUCGAAAAUAAACACCAUUUGCUAUUGUUUUGUGGGCGUUUCAAGCACAAGAAAUAUAUGUUAGCUAAGGAAAGCAAAAAGCCCGAAUGCCGAGAUUUUUUAAAGACGAAUUCUGGAAGUCUGCUGUAGCACCGUAAUUUGAAUAAAAAAAUUCCAAAGAAAAUAAGAAAAGGAAAAAUUAGAAAAAAUCGUGUUUUUGUUAAAACUUUCUAGUUUGUUGUUUUUGUUAUCUAUACUUACUUAAAUUACUCGUAAAAGUGGCUUUUGUUCGCUGGCAAAAUGAGUUUUAGCGGACCAAGCGGACCACGUGACAACGUGCGAAAACUAUCAUUUCUCGGCUUCAAUGCGAAAAAGUCCACCGGGAAUGAGGAUCCAAACGAGGUUUACUUGGAUUCGGAAAUGGAAAAAGUUUUCGCCGGUCCAAGUGCGCACAAGGAAAAGUUCGAUGUAACGACAUUUCAGGACGCGAAUCAGCCGAUUGGUUCGUACAAGCAGAGUAAUGUGCAUCGUAAAAGUGAACUGAAUAUUGAAGAGGAUUCUGAAUAUGAAAGCACAACUGACCCCGUCAAUCCGCAAAAUUAUGAUGACAUACCCGAAGACUAUCCAUUAGUAUCCGAGCGCGCGGGACACGGCGAUCAUUCGGUAAGUGCACAGAAUUUCAGUAAUAGACUUUUAGGAGGAUAUAGUCGCAAAUAA